GUAAAGACUCUUCUUCUUCAUUUGUCUUCUCGCCGUCACGUCAUGGCCGCCGCUCGCCUGCGUCCCGCUCUCAGCUGCCUCACCUGGCUGCUGCUGCCUCUCUUCACCACACCUGUGUCGUCACGCACAGGUGUAGGUGUGCUCCAGCUCGGGGACGCAGACUUUGACUACCUAGCAAGCGAGCAGGACACCAUGCUCGUCAACUUCUAUGCGCCAUGGUGUGCUCACUGUCAGAAAUUAGCUCCUGAGUUUGACAAAGCAGCAAGCAAGCUCAUGGGGACGGUGCAGCUAGCCAAGGUGGACUGUACAGUGCACGUGGACAGGUGCAGUCGUUAUGGCGUCAGCGGGUAUCCAACACUGAAGAUCUUCAGGAAGGGGAGAGACUCCGCCCCCUAUGAGGGUCCUCGCUCUGCAGAGGGGAUCUAUCAGUACAUGAAGAAGCAGACGGGUCCAGACUCAGUCAGUCUGUGGACUAAAGAAGACCUGCAGACCUUCAUCCAACACUGGGAUGCUUCUGUUGUAGGUGUGUUCUCAGGUGAGGAAAGUCCACGUCUGUCUGAGUUCCUAAAAGCUGCAGGACUUCUGAGGGAGCAGUUCCACUUUGGCCACACCACCAACAUCAACCUUUCCUCACCUUAUGGACUCCAGUCUGAAGGUGUGUUGUUGUUCAGACCUCCCAGAUUGGCCAAUCUGUUUGAGGACAGUGUUGUGGUUUUUGAAGAUUUUCUCACCAUCUCAUCUCUGAGACGCUUCAUCCGAGACCACAUAUUUGGAUUGUGUCCACACAUGACUUUGGAGAACAAAGAUCUUCUGCGAGGUCGUGACCUCUUGACGGCGUUUUACCACCUGGACUACAAACACAACCCCAGAGGGUCCAACUACUGGAGGAACAGAGUGAUGAAGGUGGCGUCCAAGUACAAGGGGCGGGGCCUGACCUUUUCAGUAGCCAAUAAAGAAGACUUCCGGUCUGAGCUGGAGGCUGACUAUGGUCUGGACUCUUCAGACAGUGCAGAUCUUCCGCUGGUCACCAUCCGCAGCAAAGUGGGCCACAAGUACACCAUGAGGGAGGAGUUCACGAGGGACGGUCAGUCUUUGGACCGCUUUCUGGAACAUUACUUUGCCAAGCGACUCAAGCCUUACGUCAAGUCCCAGGCUGUCCCCGAAAAGCAGAGUGCUGCUGUUAAGGUGGUGGUAGCCGAGUCGUUUGAGGCCAUCGUUAACGACCCCAACAAAGAUGUCCUGGUCCAGUUCUACUCUCCAUCCUGUCCUGUCUGCAAGAAGCUGGAACCUGUCUACACACGUCUGGCUGAGACGGUGUCUGCUGAUGGUCACAUGGUCAUCGCCAAGAUGAACGCAGUCCACAACGACCUGCCGCCUGGCUACCAUGUACAAGGCUACCCUACAAUCUACCUGGCCCCUGCCGGCAGGAAGGACGAGCCCGUUCGAUAUGAGGGGGGCCGAGAACUGCGAGACUUCCUCCACUUCCUGCAGCAGGAAAGCAAUAACGGCGCAUCCAAACAGGAGUUGUGACAGUCUGUACCUGCGUCACAUGACAGGAGGGAUUUGUUGACUGAUUAUUUAUUUAUUUAUUUGUUCAAGGAAAUCAUUUUGCAAUCAAAUCAUUCUUUGAGUGCUGAAGUGUUGCUUUUUGUACCAGAAUAACUAUGGGGGAAAAUUAACUGUGCGUGUGCGUGUGCGUGCGUGCGUGUGUGUGUGCGUGCGUGCGUGCGUGCGCGAUAGUAAUUGGAAGUGUAGAUAGAACCAUGUUGAUCCUCUCCUGACAAAAACUGCCUCUGUAACACCACAGCAAAAUAAUAAUAUUUGUAUAAAAGUACAAA